CAUGAAUUGGGAAUAACAGCUGUCAUGAAUUUCCAGACUGAAUGGGAUAUCAUCCAGAAUUCUUCAGGCUGUAACCGCUACCCCGAACCCAUGACUCCAGACACCAUGAUGAAGCUGUACAAGGAAGAAGGCUUGGCCUACAUCUGGAUGCCCACACCAGACAUGAGCACUGAAGGCCGAGUGCAGAUGCUGCCACAGGCUGUGUGCCUCCUGCACGCCCUGCUGGAGAACGGACACACUGUGUACGUCCACUGCAACGCUGGGGUGGGCCGCUCCACCGCUGCCGUGUGUGGCUGGCUCCACUACGUGAUUGGCUGGAGCCUGCGGAAGGUGCAGUACUUCAUCAUGGCCAAGAGGCCCUGCGGUCUACAUCGAUGAAGAAGCCCUGGCCCAGGCGCAGGAAGACUUCUUUCACAAGUUUGGGAAGGUUCACUCUUCCAUAUGCAGCUUAUAGGUGGCCAAUCUGCCUCUCCUU